AGGCUUCAGUUGAAAGCGCGACUUCGAACGAAGCGGUUGUCUCGAUCCGGACGAACUCGAAAGCCUCAGAUACGAGAUACUUAGAUACUUGACUACUUGUAGGCGCGCUCCGUCCCAAAGGACUGUGAAAUUGUGUGCUAGAGUGCUGAUGGCAUGUUGUUGGCCAUAGUAUAUCAAAUAAUUUAUGCGAACCAAUUUGGUGCGGCGGUAAGCCAGUGCUCUUGACUUUGUUUUGGAGCCACUGCAAUUGCCAGUGAGGCGGUCCGAUGCAACUCGAACUCGGCUGCUGUCUCUGACAUUUGAUCUUUGCAAAGAUCACAUCGCACUGAAUCACCAUCAGCAUCACCUCGCCAGUGUGUAAAGAGGUCCGCGACCAUAUGGAAUAUAUUUUAGCACACCACCUACGGCGGCAAUUAGUUUGUACAAUUUAAGACUCCCGUCAACGACGACGCGGGCGAAGUUUAAAGCCCUCCAUCGACAACCCCUCACCCACCCCCACUCAAGUUCCCCGACGACGGAUCCAGAGAGAACAAUCGGCGAAAUGUUGGCGCAAAUUACUCCAACGCUUUCGCGACUUUUGGCCCUGGCUUUGUUCUGCUCAGCGAUAUUUUUGGCCAGUGAGGCACAAAAUGCCAUCCAGACAACGAAUCCUGCCUCACACCUGAUGCAGAAGACAUCCUUCUCCUGCGCCGGACGUCCUGCCGGCUACUAUGCGGACGUGGAGACGGGCUGCCAGGUGUACCACAUGUGCGAUGGACUGGGGCGCCAGUUCAGCUACACGUGUCCAAACACCACGCUCUUUCAGCAGCGGAUGCUCAUCUGCGACCACUGGUACAUGGUGAACUGUUCCAAGGCGGAGAGUAACUAUGCCGCCAAUCUCCUAAUUGGUCAGCGGGACAAGCCCUUUGUGAACGACGAGGAAAACAGUCUGCGCACUCCUAGACCCGAUCUUCUGGAUCGUCCCUAUGCACCCGACUACUCUGGAGAGUCCUUUAGAAGCCAAUAUAAGCAGCUGACUUCGAACCAAAACCAGAUACGCGACGAAUCAGCCAAGGGUGCUGGUACUGGAAAACUGGAUCCCCAGGCAUCGCAGACGCGCUGGCGGAUUCCACCGCCCAGCAGGACGAUCCUGCCGCCAGCUUAUGAGCCGCAAAUCGAGUUUCCCAGCAGUACGACCAAGCCCAGGAUAACCACCACCACUCGAGCCACAACCACCACUCGGGCCACAACCACCACUCGCAGCACCACAACCACUCGAGGCACAACCACCACGACUAGGAGACCCACAGUGGCACCCAGCAAGCGCACAGAGGCCCUGCAUAAUCGACGACCCAGCUUCCAGGCUCUGGAGCAGGAUACGGACGAUCUGGGCACGAGCCACAGCACCAGGUACAACACUUCAGCGGACUUUAACUCGGCGGAGGCGCCGUUCCGUGGCACAAAGCAGUCCAGCACCAAGUUGACCAAGUUCGUCAAGCCGCCCUCGAAGAUCUACGAGCCGCCGUUCGUGUAUCCCAUCUACAACCUGGAGGAGCCGCUGCCCCAGAAUGGGCUUCGCACAUCCACGGCGGCUCCGUUCAGUCCGGCUCCAAGUCGCUCGCAGGUCAGCACCAUCACCACCACCCCAAGGCCGUUGAGUCGACCAACCACUUUGGCUGGGGUGCCCUUCUCCUCGGCCACACUGCCCACCACGGUGAGCACUGUGGGAGUGCCGCAACGCAGCGACAAUCGCACUCCAGCUCCGGCCCAGAGUUUCCGCCUGGCCACGCCCACCAGCACUGCUGCCCCACCAGCUGCGCCUGCGGCACAGAUGCCCUUCAAUGAUCUGCUGCCGCCGUUCGUGGACUUUGUGCCCCACGACAUAGCCACCACCCAGGGUCCGCCCAUCUACUACGAGUGGAAGGUGCCCUCGAACGGCCUGGAGCCGCCCAAGUUGGACCCACCCAUUGGCGUGGAUGGACGCGAGUAUCCCGAGACCACUGGGAAUUACGGGGUCACCGGCAAGCAGGAAAUAUUCAACACCCGACUCAACGACAUUGGUAGCCAGCAGAAGAAGCCAGUGCAGGUGGCUGCGUCUGUCCAGCAAUCGAGCACCAGCCACCGACUGGCCAUCUCGAGAUCAAUCAAGGCGAAGGAGGAGAAGGAGGGGGAGCAACUGCAGCCGGAACAGGCCCAGCGUCGCUCCGAUGUGGUGGCCAGCUCCACGGACAUCAGCCACCUGCGCAAGCAACUGCUCAUACCGGAGUACGCCUUCCCCCUGGAAACCAUCGGUCGCACGGGCUACGGACCCGGCGCAGGAGCGGCCUCCUCCGGUUUCAGCAACGGGGAUCUGUACAACUCGUUCCAGCUGAAGAUCCCCGAGCAGCGAGCCAAGUGGUUCGGCGAGAACCCCAAGUGCCCGGAGUGCCAUCCCUCGUUCGUCCUGCCGGGCACCUGCGAGCCCUGCCUGCGCAGAUAGUCCCGCUCCAGCUCUUACUUCCACACCCACUUCCACUCCGUCCGUCCCAUCGCCCAUUAGCCGCAUCCAUUAUCCGCAUCCUAGCCCUAGCCCUAGUAUUAGCCUCCGCUGAGAAGACCCGGAGAGAAGCAAAUACCACGCAUUUAAGUGUUAAUGUUAUUGUAUAUCCGCAGAUUAAUUAUUAAACUACACAAAUAUUUUUGUGAA